UGCCCGCUGAUCUCGCUGGCUGCAGCCCCACUGGAGCUGUCGCUGGUGCUGUGUGAUGACGCGCACAUGCGGGGGCUGAACGCGGAGUGGCGGGGCGUGGAUGCGCCCACCGAUGUGCUGUCGUUUGAGCUGGAGGAUGACGACGAUGAGGAUGCGGAGGGCGGCGCGCCAGAGCUGCCCAUCAACGUGCUGGGCGAUGUGGUGAUAUCUCUGGACACGGCGGCACGGCAGGCGGCAGAGCGGGGGCAGUCGCUGCUGGAUGAGAGCCGCGUGCUGCUGGUGCACGGCGUGCUGCACCUGCUGGGCUACGACCACGAAGAAAGUGAG